AUGGAUUCCGCGUGUCUCGACCGCGUGUUCCGUCGCGACGCCUGUGCCGGACGCGUUGCGCUUGUGACAGGAGGCGGGUCUGGCAUUGGCCAAGAGAUUGCCGUCAAGCUCGCUGAGUACGGCGCCAAAGUCGCUGUGUUUGGCCGACGACAGGCAGCUCUUGAAAGGACUGUGGAUCUUAUGCGUGAUCGCGGACUACCCGAAGGCUCUUGUAUACGUAUACAAGGCGAUGUACGCUCGACGGAGAGCGCCGAAAAGGCUGUGCAGCAGGUGGUGGAGACAUAUGGCAAGUUGGAUGUCCUGGUGAACUCUGCUGCGGGGAACUUUUUGGCUCUGGCCGAGAAACUGUCGACGAACGCGUUCCGGACCGUCAUGGAGAUUGACGCUAUUGGGACGUUCAACAUGAGUCGGGCAGCAUUCGAGCCGCUGAAACGCAGUGGCGAUGGACGGAUUGUCAAUAUCACAGCCACACUGCAGCUCCCUGCGACGUGGUACCAAGUGCACGCGUCGGCGGCCAAAGCUGCAGUGGACAGCAUUACCCGCUCAUUGGCGCUGGAGUGGGGACAAUUUGGUAUUCGUGUGACUGGUGUCGCUCCUGGACCGAUUGCAGAUACGGCUGGCACGGCCAAAUUAGGAGGAGACAGAGACGCGGCAGCGAGGAAGGAAUAUAUAGCCAGUACGAUCCCUGUGGGUCGCGCCGGUGCUAAGACGGACAUUGCUGCUGCAGUGCUGUACUUGGUGUCCCCCGUAGGCAACUUUGUGUCUGGGGAAGUGCUGAUUGUCGAUGGAGGACACUAUUUGUACAAGAAACCCAUCAUGUCUCGUGCGGCACUUGAGCACUGGUCCAAGACGAUGGAGAAAAAGUCACGCGUCGUGGCCGACUCGAAGUUGUAA